CCUCGUGCAGUUAGUGCCUCUGUCUCGGAAGCCUUGUAAACAAGCUAAAAUGCGGUGAUGAGUUCAAGCGGGAGCGAGGAUAAACGGCCGUCAUGGCGUCGUCCGGGGAUGUUGUUGCCCCGGUUAAGAGCGUCGACAAGCUCAAAUAUCUAGAGAAAUACAUGUCUGGGAAAGAAAAGAAAAAGAAGAAACGAGUAAAGCCUUCCUCAACGCAAAGGUUGCGAAUACUUGAUGACGACGUCGACUUGAAGCACAUCCCCUCGGCACAGAGUCGCGAAGCAACACCCGAAGACGACGAACCCGUAGUCGCUUCAGUUAUUGACGACCGACCUUUACAAGCCCGUGUAGCGGAGCAGUAUACGCCUGCACAGUGGAAGAAAAUCGGUAAAGAUGCAGGCAAAGAAGGCGCGCUUGCCGGCAAAAGAUCGGCCGAGGACAGCGACGAGUCGCCUCCGCGAAAGCGGCAGGCUUGCUACAGAGGCAGGCACGAUUCCGACAGUGAUCUCUCCCCGGAGCGGCCUAGCACGAAUGCGGAGUUGCCGGACAAAAAGGAAGAACGUGCGAGGAGCCAGCGCAGCCGGGGGACACCACCGCCGGUGGAAUCUAAAGUUCCCGUCGCAAGCCAUCUCCUCAAAGGGCGAGACAGCGUUCAGUCGAGCAGUGAUGCAUCACCACCGAGGAGGCCACCGUCUCCGAGCACAUCAAAGAGGGAGAGAGACGAUUCUCCUCAAAAGUACCAUUCGUCGUCGUCAUCGAAGCACAAGCGAAGUGACGACGUCCCCUCGGUUACACGCAAACACAGGAAGGAAGAGACGAGCACACGGCGAAGUUCAUCUUCAGACCAUUCUGGGGCCAAAGACACCAGGGUUAAAGUGAAAGAGGAACCGACUGAACAAAUGACAGAAAGAAAGAACAGUCGAAGCAAAAAUGACGACAAGCACAGUCGAACUCAUGCACGAAAUGAACCACCCGAGCCGCCUUCCAAAUCGAGAAGAGGCCAUACCGAAUCCGAGCACAGCUCGACCAGAAACAAGUCCCACAGGCACGACAAGAGACAUCAUUCACCCAAUCACGCCGAUGUGCGCAUCAAGGUUGAACCGCAGUCUCCGAGCAACGAACGUGGUGUUGAGAGGAUGCCACGAGCGCGGCACGACUCGGAUAGUGAUCUAUCACCGGCGAGGACUUCACGUGCUGCUGAAAACAUUGACAGCGACCUUUCACCGGAGCGUUCCCGAAAAACGAAUGACAGUGUCCCCUGUAGGCGUGAUUCAGACAGCGACCUGUCGCCACCACGCCCAGAGAAAGCGCCGGAAAAGCGCAGCGGCUCGGACAGUGAUUUGACACCAGCGCGUCAGCCUCGCUGUAUGAGUGAGAGCCCUGUGCCGUUCAGGCUCCGUGGCUCUGACCCCGUGAAGGUUUCGUGCCCCGAUGGCUCUGGGCACUACUUAGUUGAACCAGGUGAAUUGCGUGAGAAGUUCCGAGAGCGCUCAAAGCAGACGCCCCACAAAAGUAGAAAAGUGACUAGAAAAGGUUCGCCCUCAAAGCAUAAGGCGGAAAAGCACCGGAAAGAGGAAGGGGAAAGCACAAAGAGCAAAGAAGUGGAAAAAGUGCAAGAAAUUGUGAAGCUUCGAGACACCACUAAAGCAGACAAAGCCAAGGAGAAAGCCGCGAAAGAAGCCGAAAUGGCCAGCAUCUAUAGCAAGUGGGGAAAAGGCCUCGCUCAACAGCAGCAGCAGGACCAAAAUUUGGCCGAACACCUGCACGAAAUGUCAAAGCCCUUCAGUCGUUAUGAGGACGACGAAGACCUGGAGAAGCACUUGAAGGACCAGGAGAGAGAGGGUGACCCGAUGCUGGACUACAUUCGAAAGAAAAAGAAGAAGCAAGCGGGGGAAGGUGCUUCGGGUCGUCCUGUGUACAGUGGCCCAGAGCCUCCACCAAAUCGCUUUGGAAUUCGUCCCGGCUACCGUUGGGAUGGAGUGGACCGGUCAAAUGGCUUCGAAAAGAAGCUGAUAGAGUCAAAGAAUAAUAAGAAGGCAAUGGAAGAAAUUGCAUACAAAUGGAGCGUAGAAGACUUGUAGCCUCCAUUUUAUGUUACGAUUAUCUAGCGGCUGUUUUUACAAUAAAUGUUAUGUAAAUAUUGAA